CAUAAGACAUCUGCCCUCUGCUAUCUCCCAUGUGGUCAACACACUGACAUGCAUUUUCCUUAGUCUUUUUAUAACUGACCUGACAUAACACACUCUCUUUCUUUCACUCUUUACGAGAUUCGCAAGAGAGAGAAAGAAUGAAUGUGUUCUGCAGUAUUCCCAAGAGAGGAAAAAUCCAACACAGGCUGGUGGACAGACGACCUCUCUGGGAAGCAACCUGUUCAUCUCCGGAGGAUUAACGUGAUGGAUAAUGCUCAUACUAAGACGGUGGAGGAAGUUCUAGGCUUCUUCAGUGUAAAUGAGUCUACAGGUCUGAGCUGUGAGCAGCUGAAGAAGACCAGGGAGAGAUGGGGACCCAACGAAUUGCCAGCUGAAGAAGGGAAGUCACUUUGGGAACUGGUCUUGGAACAGUUUGAGGAUCUGUUGGUUCGAAUCUUGCUGCUGGCUGCGUGCAUCUCCUUUACGCUGGCUUGGUUCGAAGAAGGGGAGGGGACAAUCACAGCCUUUGUUGAACCCUUCGUCAUCCUCCUCAUCCUCAUCGCCAAUGCUAUUGUAGGAGUAUGGCAGGAGCGUAAUGCAGAGAAUGCCAUUGAGGCUCUGAAGGAGUACGAGCCAGAGAUGGGCAAAGUCUACCGACAAGACAAGAAGAGCGUCCAGAGAGUCAGAGCCCGAGAUAUUGUUCCUGGAGAUAUUGUGGAAGUCGCCGUUGGUGACAAGGUACCAGCUGACAUCAGGCUGACUUCCAUCCGUUCCACCACUCUGAGAGUGGACCAGUCCAUCCUGACGGGGGAGUCUGUCUCAGUGCUUAAACACACAGACCCUGUACCAGAUCCCCGAGCUGUCAACCAGGACAAGAAGAACAUGCUUUUCUCUGGUACCAACAUUGCAGCGGGGAGAGCCAUCGGGGUUGUCGUGGCGACAGGGGUGCAGACGGAGAUCGGAAAAAUCCGAGAUGAGAUGGCCUCUACUGACCCUGAAAGGACCCCACUACAACAGAAACUAGACCAGUUUGGAGAGCAGCUGUCUAAGGUGAUUAGUGUGAUCUGCGUGGCGGUGUGGGCCAUCAAUGUGGGGCAUUUUAAUGAUCCCGUCCAUGGAGGCAGCUGGCUUAGAGGAGCUGUUUACUAUUUCAAGAUCGCUGUGGCACUGGCUGUUGCUGCCAUACCAGAAGGCCUCCCAGCAGUCAUCACUACCUGCCUGGCCCUGGGAACCAGGAGGAUGGCCAGAAAGAACGCUAUCGUCCGCAGCCUGCCAUCAGUGGAGACGCUGGGUUGCACUUCUGUCAUCUGCUCCGACAAGACAGGAACACUGACCACCAACCAGAUGUCAGUCUGCAGGUUGUUUGUUGUAGACAGUGUGUCAGGGGAGCGCUGCAGCCUGAGCGAGUUCACAGUGACUGGAUCUACUUAUGCCCCUGAAGGGGAAGUCUACAAGGACGGCUCAGUGGUGAAGUGCAGUCAGUAUGAAGGCCUGGUGGAGAUGGCCUCCAUCUGCGCACUGUGCAAUGACUCAUCACUGGACUACAACGAGGCAAAGGGUGUGUAUGAGAAGGUCGGGGAAGCAACAGAGACUGCCCUCUGCUGUCUGGUGGAGAAAAUGAAUGUCUUUGACACCGACCUGAGAGGACUGAGUCCACCUGAGAGAGCUACAGCAUGCUGCUCUGUGAUUAAGCAACUGAUGAGGAAGGAGCUGACACUGGAGUUCUCCAGAGACAGGAAGUCCAUGUCUGUCUUCUGUUCAUCAAAUAAACUCACCAGGUCUGCAUCUGGUGCCAAGAUGUUUGUCAAGGGAGCUCCAGAGAGUGUGCUGGAGCGCUGUAAUUAUAUCCGGGUCAGUGGUUCUGUUCGUGUGCCUUUGAGCUCAGCAGCUCGAGAACAGCUCCUGUCCACCGUGCGGGAGUGGGGCUCGGGACGAGACACACUCAGGUGCCUUGCCAUGGCAACCAGGGACUCGCCACCUGACAUCCACUGCCUCAACCUGGAGAACUCAGCUGCCUUUGCUGAUUAUGAGUCGGACCUGACCUUUGUGGGCUGUGUGGGCAUGUUGGACCCCCCCAGGAAAGAGGUGCUCGGUGCAGUGCGAAUGUGUCGGCAGGCUGGAAUACGAGUCAUCAUGAUCACAGGUGAUAACAAGGGCACAGCCCUGUCUAUCUGCCGGCGAGUGGGCAUCAUUACAGAGCAGGAAGAGGAGCAGGAGGGUGCAGGGGCAAAUGGGGGCCUGACGGGGCGGGAGUUUGACGAGUUGCCCCCUCACCUGCAACGUCAGGCCUGCCAGACAGCACGCUGCUUCGCCCGGGUAGAACCGGCACACAAGAGCCGCAUAGUGGAGUACCUGCAGAGCCUGAGUGACAUCACUGCCAUGACAGGUGACGGGGUGAAUGAUGCUCCGGCGUUGAAGAAAGCAGAGAUCGGCAUCGCUAUGGGCAGUGGCACAGCGGUGGCCAAGUCGGCCUCUGAGAUGAUCCUUGCUGAUGACAACUUCUCCACCAUCGUGGCUGCUGUGGAGGAGGGCAGAGCCAUUUACAACAACAUGAAACAGUUCAUCAGAUACCUGAUAUCAUCCAACAUAGGAGAGGUGGUCUGUAUUUUUCUGACUGCUGCACUGGGCAUGCCAGAAGCGCUGAUCCCAGUCCAGCUGCUGUGGGUCAACUUAGUCACCGAUGGUUUCCCAGCAACCGCGCUGGGCUUCAACCCUCCUGACCUAGACAUCAUGUCCCGCCCUCCCCGCUCCCCCAAAGAGCCUCUUAUCUCCAGCUGGUUGUUCUGUCGCUACCUCAUCGUCGGAUGUUAUGUGGGAGCAGCCACUGUCGGAGCUGCUGCCUGGUGGUUCAUGGCAGCCCAUGACGGACCGAAACUCUCCUUCUAUCAACUGUCCCACUACCUGCAGUGCAGUGAAGGCCACAUGGAGUUUGCUGGUGUGCAGUGUUCAGUCUUUGAGUCUCCGUAUCCUAUGACCAUGGCCCUGUCUGUAUUGGUUACCAUAGAGAUGUGCAACGCCUUGAACAGUCUGUCAGAGAACCAGUCCCUGCUGAAAAUGCCUCCCUGGUCCAACCCCUGGCUGGUGGGGGCCAUCUGUCUGUCCAUGGCUCUACACUUCCUCAUUCUAUAUGUUGACCCACUGCCAAUGAUAUUCCAGAUACGCCCUCUGUCAUGGCCUCAGUGGGUGGUAGUGUUGAAGAUGUCACUUCCUGUCAUCCUGAUGGACGAGGCCCUCAAGUUCCUAGCACGCAACUACAUUGAACCAGGAAGCCAGUUCCAGACAUUGGAAGAGGAAGAGGAGCUGCAGAGGAUGAGCGCCAACACAGGACUCAUCAGCGCCAUUACAACAAGGCUUCGUCAUUCCGUGAAGGGCGUGUCCUGGUCAUUUGUUCUAAUCUCUGCACCGUUAGUGAUCUGGAUCUUCAGCCUGGACUCAGACAUCACCAACAUCUUCUGGUAGUGUCAGGAGAAAGAGAGGAUGGGUGGACUGUGGGGGGAGACAGUGAAAGACAGGAGACUGAAAGAAGGAAGUCUGUGAGAAAGAAUGACUAUUCAAAAGAAAAAUACAGAAGAUGGGGGGAUGGAAUGUGUUAGGGUGAGAUGAGGUAGAGAAACAAGAAGCACGCAAGGAAAGCAAAACAUGCUGACACACGAGAAUGUAAGGGAUAAAAGAGUGAAAUAUUUAGCCUAUAGACAAUCAGAAAAACAAGAAAGAAAGUGAAAGGCAGUUUAAGACCAUCACUUCCUCAAAACUAAAAGGUGCUCUGUGUAGCUAAUUGUCUCUCUCACAUUUUAUGUAAAUAUAUUUGUACCUGCACACCCUUUUUGUCUCUAUGGCUUCUGGUCUAUUUGUCAGAAUUGCAUAUAUCGCUGACAAUAUACUUCCAAAACUAAUGACCAUAGCAUGCCGACCUGCUAAAACUAUAAUACUAAAGGUUAGCUGAUAAACAUUAGCAGGUUAGCAAGCUAACUUUAAAAUGCUUGUGUUUUUUAAAAAACAAAAAGCAGAAUAAAAUCCAGUUAAAACUGUGCAGUUAAUAUUGUUACUGGAAUAAAGUUUCACUUUACUUUUACAAAACAAAACAUUCAGCAUUUAGUCUUCCCUCCAAAUUUGACCCAGUGACACACAAUGUAAAAACAGUCUAGAUACAGUAUGUGGUUUUUUGGCUGGUCACAGGUUGCAUUUAUCUUAGACUAAUAUUCCUUUCUUUAUAGUGACCAGGACUGUGUUGCACCAGCUUUUCAUCAAUUCUUCACUAAGUUUGUGUGUAAAGUCCUUCCUAAAUUCUUAGUAAGUGGCUUCAAACUAGUGAGUUACUAAAUUCAGUUGUACAAUUAAAACCUAAGAGGUAUCUGGUCAAGACUUCAUUAAUGUGUAAUUGGAUGCUGGGAAACAUCUGUCGUGCUCUCAGAUCAAAUGCAAUCAACAGAAGGUAAUUGUCACACAACAUAGCCUGUGAAAAUUUCAGUUCAAGGAGGAAAAGCAAUAUGAGCUAGCUUGACAGUCUUUUGUAAAUGUUGGAAUUUAGGUAUGCAUGGUGACUUUUCUUUUGUCAUACAUGAAUACAUUUAGAAAUCUGUGUUUCACAGUUAGUAGUAUUCAUGGAGUUUAGAGUGAGAGGGGAAUUUCAGAUUACGCUAACCUAAACAGCAUUAUUUGGUUAUUAGCAUAACAUUUUGUAAAGGUGUAUAGUGGGUUUUUUUUGUUUUUUUGUGUAUGAAAUUUAAUUUAGUCUUUCCAGUUUAACCAAUUAUAAACUGCAUUUUUUGAAGUGUCAGGUCAGAUAUGUCAACUGUAUUCCAUUUUAGCUCUUUUACUCUUCACUCUAAGCUUGUAAUGUCUUAGCAAGCUAACGUUAGUUCGGUCAGUUAGCUAGUUUGGUUACCUAAGCAACAGUUACACCUGUCAGUUAAGAACUAAUUUAUACGAAAGUAUAAAACUAGUUUGUGUGGUGCAGUCUGUUUUAAUUUAGUGGUGUUUAAAUCUCUUCGAGAAAACUUACAUUAUAAUGAGGCUAAGUUUGAAUUUACAAAGGGCUGGUGGAACUGAUCACUGACAAAGUAAAAAAAAUAACCAGUACUUAAAGUGAGGGCAAAGUUUAGAGAAAAGUCCGAUAAGUAAUCCCCAGGUUAGGAACCACUGAUGUAGAUGUUUGCUGUUAAUCCUAACAGCAUGAUGAUGAUAUAUUGAUGGUGAAAAUGCUACACAUAGCACCUUUUAGAUGAGAAUUUCUGGUUGAAAAAUUUUUGGAUUAGGUAGAAGAAAGAGAGAAGCUCCAAGUGGCCCAGAAUCACACACACACACACACAUGCAUACACACACCAGCUUUACAUCUGUACUGUAAUUUCCCACCAAUAAUUGGUGGUCAGAAACAGGUGAUGAGGCCAAACAACUAGAUGUACAGUAGAGUCCCCCAACUGGCUGCUCUGACAGUCUUUAUGCUGCAAUGCAGAAACAUUCAGUCACAUUACGUUAGAACUUCAUUGUAGAUAAUGUACAUGAGAGGAAAACAAGCAUUUAACCUGUGAAGGAAGACUGUUAGCAGACCAUUACAGAACAUAUGUCAAUACACGUCACACAUUUCUGACAAGUUAAAGAGUGGAAGUUCAGUCCUGGUCUGUACUGUAACUAGUUCAUUCUGCAGAGACUCAGACAUGUCCUGCAGAGUUUGUUCAUGUAGGUUCUGUGUACAGCUGGGUGUCUACAGGUUCACAUCGAAGUAAAGUUCAAGAUAGCAUUUAUAAUCUUAAAGGCCAUUCACUUAGACCUUUCUUCUCAUAGAUCUACAGUUCAGUAUGUUUCAUUUUCUUUUCUGUUGAUUGUUACUGACACUGAAAAGGUCUUAAAAGUGACUUGACCAGGCUUCAGCUGGUUCUCUAGACAUCCCAAGGCUUCAUAGAAUGACUGAAGCUGGAUUUAAGCCUUCACAUCAGGAUGAAUGAGUCAAGUGUGUUUGAUUAGUUAAGAAAUGAUUAUUAUAUUAUAGAUAGAGAUGUUACACUCCGCAUCUAAACAAUGUGGAUCGACUGCUACAUGUAUGUAAGCUAGGUGGAUUAAUGUGGGUCUUUCUUUCAUGUUAAGGUUUUAAAUAUACUGUAUGUGUAUGUGCUUGAUACAAUACAACACUGUUUUCAAUUUUAGUUACUUCCUUUUUCUUUUUCUUUUUUUUUUUAUACUUUUUUCCUCCCCAUGCCUGUUUACCACAGAAACUGCCUCUGCUAGUUUACUGAAAAUGAAUUCAGAUGCAGGAUUUCAAUUUGACAACUAAUGCUUUUAGUGGAGCUGUAAUACACAGAUUCCUACAAAUGUUACCACAACUCAUACAGUAGGUCUGACAGUGAGCAAGUGUUUCAUUUAAAUGUGUUUUUUUGGGUUUUUUUUGGCAAAUGUCAGUGACUUGUCUGCCAUUUUCUCCAGUGAUACCACUGUGACAUCUCAUUCUGUUUGCUAUUGAUGGGAUUUUUAUAUGUUAAAAAAGCAUUAGUCAUUUUUUGUUGUACAUCACAUAUGGCCCUGUUGACCACGUAUUGCAGUUUACUGUUAUGAAAAAAAGUGGAUAUUUUGAGAAUAAAGUAAUUUUGAGUAAAAGUCGUGAGCAAAAAGUCAAAAUAUUACAAUAUAAAGUCGUAAUUUUAUGUACACAGUACAUUCAAUAUCCUAAAAUCUAUGAUAAUAAGAAGCUUUUUGGUGAAAUUUAUGAAACUGCAGGUCAUUGUUUAGUAAUAUUGAACAAAAUUUUUGGCUAUUAUUUUUGUUCAAUUGCAACUUAACUUUAAUAUUCAGACUUUUUCAAAAUUACUUUUUUCUCAUAAUGGUAUGACUUUCUCCUAAAAUUGUGACUUUAUUCUUGUGACAUUGUACCUUUUUUCUAAAUUACAAUUUUACUCUCAUCGUGACCUUUUUUGAAAAUUGUGACUUUUUCUUCGGAUAAAGACUUUAUUGUCACAACAGUACAACUUUUUCUCAAAAUAUUUCAACUUUAUUCUCUGCAUUUUUUUCUCUAACAAUAGUCCUAACUGUCCUAAGCCUUUUAUGAUAUAAUCUAAUGAAAAUGUAAACCGAUUGCAUUAGAAAGGAAAACAUUACAUUUUCUGAUGUCAAAAUCUCUAAUGGAGGUGCUCGACCAACUCACCUCUUGAAAAGUCAUGACCUGUUGUGGAAACACAGUAGAGUUCUGUGUGUUUUUGUUUUGUUUUUUUAAUUGAAGCUUUAUUUUAGUCACUACUAUUCUUUGUUAUUUAUCCAAAACCAUAAAGAAGCCUCUGCUUCUGUGCUGCCCACAGUUCUGCCUCAUUUUUCUGUUUUGUUGCAAUAAGAUAUUUUCUUUUUGAUACCACUAAGGCAGGAUAAACACAUGUAGAUGCACCUAAGAAUGAGAUACUAUUUAUUUUUCAUUUUUAUUAUUAAUAUGUUUCUUGUUGGCAGUGACGACAGCCCUGCUGCAACAAAUCCCCGGUGUUCCAACUUUGUUUACGCUGUUGUUUUCUUUGUUAAUGUUAUUAACAUUAUUCUUCCUAUUAGCUCACACCCACGUCUGUAGGAGUAGAAUGAGUAAAAGGAGGUUUAUACAGAGCAGCAUAAGGUUCCUAACUGACUCGCCUGUUUAAAUAAAGGUUCAAUUGAAGAACUUGAUAAAAUAUAUAUUUAUUUUCUUCAUGUUUCCCUCUCUUCAUCUCUGUUCCCUCAUCAAUGGCUAACCAACAACAUUUCCAUUAAGAGCCAAACAAGGGAACCCCGUUUUGUAGUUUUUAAUUCAAACUUUUUUCUUGUUCAUUCUACUCUUGGAGAGUUUGUUGUCAUGGGAAAUGAUGUUACAGGAUGAAAACAACAAUAAAUUACAAAAUGGUUGAGAA